AUGCCGAUAGAGAAACGGAAGUUGUACUCUGCAUGUUACCGUGCUUCCCUUGCUUAGAACAUCGCUGAGAACGGUUUUGUCGUUAUGCCUUGCUCUUGGUGCACGUCGCAAGGCCUUGUCUGCAAAAUGAUCGCGUGUAUAAAGCGUUACGAGGCCUGUAUUUGUCGAGGUCGUUCUUACGAUAGCUCUAGCAUCCCGCUUUCUUCCUGUAAGCCUGAGCAGCGUCGUAUCAAAGAUGCUAAACGUCGUGCCAAACUUGAGCUAGAUAAAUCCUAACGCCGUCUGGAAGAGGCCUAGCGUAAGUUGUCUAAAAAGCUUGCGCGGCUCUGGCGUCUUCGUCAGUAGAAGGAGUUUUUGGUAGAAAAAGGUACCAAUAUAGUAGCGCGUAGUCUGUCGACCUUAGACAAGUUAGAGGAGGUUAAGCGGCAAGAGACGCCUGCUAUGCCCUCGUCAUAGAUUAAUGAUACCGUCGAUGCUAUCGACUAGGGCGCUGUCUUUGGUUCUGUCCCGGGUUUUCCUUUGGUCGAUCCGGGUUCUGCCGGUGGAACUGUUCUAGUUUCUUAGGGCAGUUCAAAUUCUUAACUAGUUCUUAUAAGUUGUCUUCUGGUCCGAAAUCAAGCUAUUUAACCAGGU